CUUUUAACCCGAAAAAUAAAGUUACGCCUCACUGAGCCAGCGCCCUUAUAAACAUAAUUGAAUUUGCAAAACAACGCUAUGGCAAUAUUUUAAUCAAAGUAGUAACUUUCGAUAACACUGGUCGUUUGUUGCCUGUAGAAAAUAUUGUUUUUGCAAUGAGUAGAGUAUUGAGAAGAAUAAUUUACGGAAGUGUAGUCGACAAAACAUUACUCUGUGUUAUUUUAAAACGAUACGAACAGUUGGGAUAGUAUUUUGUUGAAAAAUUAAAUACUAAUUUGAAGCAAUUAACGAUAAGUAUAAGGUGUGAUUUUUGAUAGAAUAUCGCAAUAGUCCUAUGCACAGAUCUUGAAAAGUUUUGAUUACAACGAUUGGAGUUUUAAUGCAAUAAAGAUAGCUAUACCCUUAAUAUGGGUUCAGUAGAGAAUAAACCUCCAAUAUUACAUAUUGUAGUAAUAGGAUUUCAUCAUAAAUUCGGGUGCCAGGUGGAAUUUUCUUUUCCACCCCUGGUGUCCGGCUCAGAUGGAAAAAAUCAAUGUCCAUCUGGUUGGAAAUAUUUAUCAACUUUAGCUUUGCCUGAUGGUUCGCACAACUUUGUAGAGGACACAGUUUUCUUCAAUUUACCUAGCUUAAGCGAGCCCACGGAGAGCGUUUAUGGUGUUUCCUGUUACCGUCAAAUACCGGUCGAAAGAUUGAAACUGCGCACAGCUGAUAUGACUCGAAGCACUGUUCAAAAGUCAGUCUGCUGUUUGGCUCGCCAGCCUAUCUAUGGAUACAUUGAAGUAAAAUUAUCUCUUAUUGCUGAUGCUUUUUUUCAGCAAGGCGACUUUUCGAAUACAGAGCUUUUACAACGAGCUUACCAGCAACUAAACGCUUGCCUCAUGGAUGAUGAAAUACAUCGUCCACAACGGCAUUUUUAUUUGGGUUUAUCGUUGCGGGCGAUUGUCUUACAUUGGCGCCAUAAAAUGCUCCAGUUAUUUAAGCUUUUGUUACUUCAACGUCGUGUCAUCUAUUUCGGUUCUCCUGUACGUAACAUGUGUGCUCUUAUUCUUGGUAUGGCUUCGCUGGUGCCACGCCUUUUGGAAAAGGGAUUCCAAGAAGUAGCUUGCGUCCGUACUUCACGUCCGAUAUCGCCGAUGCCAGAUUAUACAGAGACUAUCAAACAGUUCGGGGAAAUCGAAAAAAUACGAUCGUCCGUGUAUAUGGAUGCGGUCGAUAAAUGCGCUGAUGAUACUCAAAAUUACAUUCAGUCCAUAAGAUUGGAGGGCGGUUGUGAGAUUUCAUCAGUAACGCACAGUCAGUGUAACAGCGAUCAAAAUUCCUUGACUCAAUCUCAAAGAUGUUCGAGUUUAUCGGGUUCUAAGGACAGCAAUAUACUUGAGACUAAACGUUGCGACCGCAACAACUCUCUCACAAGAGAGGGUAGUGUAGAUGCAUUAUCGACGACCCUUUCAGUGUUGGCAUCCAUAAAUCCUGAUGAAUAUAGGGCUCCGAUUUCAAUUUUUGCAAGUGGAAAUUUGUGCCUGCCUUAUCUUUCUUUGCCGUAUAUGGACCUAUUGACUGAUCGUUCUGUACUAAGUUAUGUGGUUGGAACUUCAAAUGUGCUUUUCCAGCAAAAACGGCAUUUAUCCGAUGUGUUAGUAGAUAUUGAAAAUGGCAAUUUCGAUACUCAUGAUGCUGAGUUAAGACGGCAAUUGAUAUUAAGUACAGAAGACUUACGUUUUAUGGACUAUCUGUUGCGACAUGUUCAGUCCCCUAAGGAAGACGCUGAAGGUAGUGAAUAUUGGAUAAGGGAACAAUUUCAAGGAUAUGUUUUGGCUUUGCUCAGGACAGCUGUAAUUUCUGAUGGAAGUACUAAAGAUUUCGAUCAUUUCAAUGCCAAUUUUAUGCAUGCUCUGAAGAAAACCCAAUGUUUUCAGGAAUGGUACGAUGUCAGACCGGAGAUUGACUUCUUCGAAGCAUUGCCAGCUGGUCAUCCUUUUGCUGGUACACUUUCAGUUGCUGAUAUGAAAUUGAAAAUUGCACAGACUAUGCAGAACAGUGAAAGUGGACGAAAAAUAAACCAGGCUGUAAAUUCUACUAGCCGAGUUGUAGGUGGGGCAAUUUCCCAAGCGAAGGGGGCAUUUUCUAAUUGGUGGUCUUCGAUAACUAUACCUUCAGCACAGCUUACCUCAUCACCUGUCAUUUCCAGUAAUUGCGGUGAUACCACCGGUAAACAAAAUCCUUCAGAUGAUAUAAAGCAACUUGAAGAAAUAUCUGUAACUUUCCAAAAUAAAUCCACAGAAGAAAUUACGGUUGGCAAUAAUGUGCAUUCGGAUGACAAGCCAGUUGAAUGCUCGCAACACUUUCAAGAAAACAGCGAAACAAUUACAGUAGCAACACAAGCUGUUGAUUCUAAUACGCAACCCGAAGGAGUAGUAGAAAUUGGAAAAGAGGCAGAAAUUCUCAAUAAGAAUGAAGAAACAUCUGACUCAUUUAGUGCAGAUAAUUUCGCUUUGCCAUCAGAUAACGCAAGCAGUAGCAUGUUUACAGUGUAAUGUAGCUAUUAACUUAUAUGUUACCAGUCACUUUCAUCUCAUUCAAGUGCAAUACAAUAAUUAUUUGGAGGUAACAUUCAUAAUACCAAAACAUCUAUCACGUGUUGAUAUAAUUCAAAUGAAAUCAAAACGAAAUAUACGCAUGAA